ACCUCCUCUCCCCCCCGCCAUAUUUAUGGAUGACCUAACUGCCAUCUCUCCCUCCCUCCCCUCCACGCCAAACCAAACUCCUCCUCCUCCUCAUCCUUCUUUAAAUGCUUCCACCCUACUUGGGUUAAUGCUGCAGUCGCUCUUUCUCUCUGAACCACGCUCAAGAAACCCUUCCCUCUUGCUCGUUUCUUGAUCCUUGCUUCGUGGGGUUGUCGCCCGUUGCUUGUAUAUCGUCGUCGGGACGGCGGUUCGUGGCAGACGAUGAGUGCUGUCGAAGGAGAGACGGUCUGGAGGAGGAAGCCCGGGAGAGAAGCUGGGGAUCGGAAGAGGCUCGACGCCAUGUGCUGCUCUUCUUCUGAUGAUGGUGGCUGUGCGGGCGCCAAGGAGGGAGAGAAGGCUCGCGGUAGCCCGAAGAAGGCGAGGCGGUACGGGCUGGUGUCGUUCUGGGAGCUGCCGGAUUACAUGAAGGACAACGAGUUCAUCCUCAGCCACUACCGCGCCGACUGGCCGCUCGCCGAGGCCGCCCGCAGCUUGUUCCGUUGGCACAACGAGACGCUUAACGUCUGGACGCAUUUGAUUGGGUUCCUGGUGUUUCUGGGACUGACGGUGGCAAAUUUUGUGGACGUGCCUCAGGUGGCGGAUCUUCUCGGCCUCUUCUCGUGGUCAAACUCUACCAGUGCAGGAACUAAUAUAUCUUAUUCAAAGGAAUUGCUUUUGUUUUCAGGGCACAAAUUCUUUGGUGAACUUGAGUCAGAUAACAGAAGAAGAAAUGAAGGUUGGUUCACUCCAAGCGGCGGCGACACGGUGGCCAUUCUUCGUCUUCUUAGGCGGAUCCAUGUUCUGCCUCCUCUCGAGCAGCAUUUGCCACCUUUUCUCAUGCCACUCACGCUGCUUGAACAUCCAGCUGCUGCGGAUGGACUAUGUGGGUAUCACGGUCAUGAUCAUCACCUCAUUUUUCCCCCAAUCUACUACAUUUUCCAGUGCGAGCCCCAUUGGCAACUGAUCUACCUUGGUGGAAUAACGGCGAUGGGGAUGUUCACUGUCAUGACACUGCUAACCCCUUCUCUUUCUUCUGGGAAAUUCCGGGCAUUUCGGGCAAUGCUCUUCUCAUCCAUGGGGUUUUUCGGUAUCGUACCUGCAAUCCAUGGCUGCAUUGUGAAUUGGAGCAAUCCCCAGCGCUCAAUCACGCUUGCUUAUGAGUCGGCCAUGGCGCUAUCUUACAUUGCAGGAACUUUUUUUUAUGUUAGCAGGAUUCCUGAGAGGCUAAAACCGGGUUGGUUCGACCUUGCUGGUCACAGCCAUCAGAUAUUUCACGUCUUUGUGAUCAUGGGUGCCUUGGCUCAUUAUGGCGCUACUCUGUUGCUCUUACAGUGGUGAGAUAGUGUUGGGUGCAAUAGAACUGUGUAACAAUACUAAAAUUUGUCAAAAUUUGAUUUGUUUUGAUUGAACAGAGUGUGAGCUAUUUGCUGGGGGUUUGUGAUAUUCCAUUGUUAGUGUGUGUACACCCCAAAUCAAGAAGCCUCAAGAAGAGAUGGCGCUCCAUGAUAGAGAAGAUGCCUCCAUUUGUAAAGAAGUGGAAUGCUCACUGUAUAUGUUAUGUUUUUCUCAUUAUCCAUGGAUGAUUUGAUUUACAAUGUGAUCAUAUGUGGGUAAUAAUCUUUUUCUGCUU